AUGAAGUCUGUCUUCAUUUUCUUUGCGGUUCUAGCCGCCUCGACUUUCGCCGAAUACAGCCUCGUUGAGAGAGAAGUCCAUGUCAUCAUCCACGACAACCCGUCCAUUACAGAAACAGAUUGUAUUCAAAAAUGUGACAACGUCUUUGGUCUCUUAGACCCCAUUGAUGAAGCCAACAACGACAUAGAGUGUGCCGAAGAAUGCCAUUGCCAUAUCACCAACCCGCUUUGUGAUGCACAGGAAUCAGUUAACAAAUCCAGCACACUCAAGCAGUCACUAUUCACAUUUGUGUUGUCUGCCGUCUGCGCCAUCAGCCUACUGUUCGUGUAG